AUGGAGAAUUUGUUAUUGGAACGUGGCAGGACUGGAAGGAAGAAUAAGAAAGGAAGUGCGAUGGGAGGGAUCUUGAUGGAAAUAAAGUUGGAACUUGUAGAAAAAGGGACGGAUUUAGAGACGGAAGUGGAGGGGAUGAUUGUGGGGAAGGUUAAAUUAGAAAAGGUGCUGCUGCUGCUGCUGUUCCUCCAGGUCAUCGCCAAGAUUCGGAUCGUCGCACAGGAACGCCGUCGGGUUGACACAGUCGCCAGCCUCUUUGUACCUUCCAAGAGGCAAGGUAUUGCUUUCCAGGGUCGUCUGCUCUGGAACGCUGGAAGCUCGUCGAUGUUGCAUUCGUCGGAAGGACUGCUACCACCAUUCGGAUCACCUCCACUCGGAUUUACACAACACUCAACGUGCCGCCGUCGUCGCAGGAUCGUCUCCAGGAUCGUCCGUCGUCGUCCCACGGGAACCUCGCCAGGGAAGACACCCGGAUUCCAUCGGACUCAGGAACAGUCACCAAAGGAUUGCAUCCAGUAUCCCGUGGAGGGCCCCGCAGUAGGUGGUGUAGGCGGCGGCGUCGGCAGUGACGGUGCGAACGGCGGUGGGGGUGCAGGCUCUUGUGGCGGCAUCGGUCACGGCGAGGGAGGCGGCGUUGGCCGAACCGAGGCGGGAGGCAGAGGCGGCGGUGGCGGCAGCGGUGCUGGUGGCAGUGGUGACACGGGCCGUGACGGGUCCGAUGGUGGUGGCGGCGGUGCCGUUGCUGGAGUGGCCGGGUGGUCGUGGUUGGAGGCCAGUGGCAGCGCGGCGAGCAGCGGCGUCAGGUCCGGCAGUGAGGCGGACGGUUCCAGUACCGAUGGUGGUGGCGGCGCGGCGGAGGGCUCGACGGCUGUCACCUCGGUUGUCCUGAUGGUGUCCUCGUCGUCGUCGUCGUCCAGGUUGGACAGAGAGGACUCGAACGUCCGGAUCAAGGUCUCGCGGCGUGUGGCGGCGGCCGUUGGAGUGCCCUGUGCGUACAGGCAGUCUUGGCAGGAGCUGGUCGUCCGCUGCCGGAUUGUUGCCGGUCGUCGGGAUCCGGGCGCCAGUGGCGGAGCUGGUGAUGGGGCUCUCCCGGCUGCGGCAGAUUGCGGCACGCUUGUCCGGUCCUCACGGCGGGGACGGUCUUUCCCUGGUGGCCGUGCGGAUGCCUCGAACGGGCGGCUGCUGACGGGCAUCCUCGGCGGCCCGGCGAUUACGCGAGCGAGGCGUUCGCGAAGAGUACUUCGUUGUCGUACCAUCGUGGACUACUGA